AUGAAAGGACAUGUCAGUCGAAAAAUCAGUAACGAAGAGAAGCUGUUGAGUGAAUUAAAACAAAUGGGUUUCCGAAAUUCAAUGCUUAUCGAUUUAGCUCAAUUACCCAUGUCUGAACAGAUCAAAUUAGUUAUGAAUACGGAUAUAUUAAUCGGAAUGUAUGGUGCUGCAUUGACACUGAGUUUAUUCCUUCCGAGUACUUCAUGUCUUGUUGAAUUAUUCCCCGGCUUUUGGUUUGGUUCUAAUAAACACUUUUCAAAGUUGGCUGAACUACGUGGGAUUCAAUACAUGACUUAUCAUGGUCUCCCUGAGAGUGAUGUGUCAUCUGAUUCGUCUUACAUUCCUGUAGAUCAAUUCAAGUUGAUUGUAUUGAAAGCGAGGAGAUUAUGGAGAAUGCAAAUGGAUAGGAGAACUGUGAAUUGUUAA